UGGGAGGAUUUACUGUUAUAUCUCAGGGGCACACGACUUGCCCUUAUCUUUCUGAAAAGACCUUCCUCUGAACACAGACACCUGGUUCAUAAGACUAGUAAGGAUGACUGACAAUGGUCAAGUAGUUUUGAACCAGUUCUCAGAAAAUGAUGCCGAAGCUGUUCAUGAAGUUCCUUUGCUUCAAACAUUCCUUAGAAGGAAUCCGAAAACCCUGGGGGCAGUUCAAAUUGUGGUUGGUGGAGUGAUGCUCAUGUUUGGUGUGGAAAUGACAAUAUAUAUUCAUGCAAUGUCUGCUCGCUCUGGUGUCCUCUUCUGGGGUGGCCUGAUGUUUGUAAAUGCAGGUGCCCUCUCCAUAGCAACUGACAGAAAGCUCACUGUGCGUUUGGUCAAAGCCACAUUUGGAGUAAAUAUCUUCAGCUCCAUAUUUGCACUGAUUGGCAUUGUUCUUCAUUCCUUCGAUUUGGCAAUGUUCGCCUAUUUGCUCAAAUCUCAACUGUCAAGUAAAUGUGUUCAGUCAAGGACACUUUAUCUGAGCAGGACAGUAGGAAUCUCAGCAGUCAUGCUUACUCUGUCACUGCUGGAGCUCAUCAUUGGCAUCUAUCUCUGUGUGUUUGCCUACAAAGCUACCUUUUCUUACAGCUUCCAUCCAAAGGUUGAGUUUGUUCCAGAUGCACCAGGCCUGAACAUUUCAACAGCUGAAAAUUCAGCUCAAGGUCAAGGUCCACUAAUAAUGGCCAAUAAUAAUCCCGAGGAAGAGAACUAAAUGAACAACACAGAAUUAUUUUCUUUAACACUUACAUGCCAUUUGAUUUAUUUAUUUAACAAUUUUGUCAAAUUGAAAUAUCCAAUGUCAAUAACAGCUUUAUUAUUUGUUAAAAGAAGUAUGCUGGAUUUGAUUUUUUGUGCUGUUACCACGAUGCAGUACCAGAGCACCAUAUCUCAAGAUAGGGCUCUUUUAGUCCUUGAUACUGGAACCCUUUAACCUGUGGUGUCAUUUGUGCACUCUUUAUAAUGUGAGGUUUGCUUUGUUUUGGCAUAAUUUGUUUCAAAGACAUAAACUGUGUAAUAGAAUUGCUGAGGUAUACCUGGCUGUAACUUGUCAACUAUAAUAUAACCUAUUGGACCAAAUGUUAUGCAAGUUUUUUUUUUUCUGCCUUAAUCCAAUAUUCUCAUUAUUUCACAUGAGACAUGAGACAUGACAUGUCUCAACCAUUAUCAUGUCAUUUUUAGAAUUCUAACUUGUAUUUGAAUAGCUGUAAAAUGCCUUUGUUUU